AUGGGCGACCAAAUUGCCCUGCCGUACUGGCAAGUCAACGUCCCCGGACCGGAUAGACUGGUCGAUUGUCCCGACUUCCUUCUCAACAUUUCCGCGAAGGACUUCAGUAUCCUUUCCACUCCAGACAGCGACUAUCACAUCCUCACCUGGGAUGAGGUCUGCCAGAUCGCCAAGGCAAACAAACUCGACCACUUCCAGCGAGUGCCAUCUGAUCUGCGUCGCUACAAGGCCUACACGUUCAAUCUUACCAAAACCUACGGCAGCGUCGCCGAUUUCGUCCUCAACCAGCGUCUCCAAUGGAAGGCUCCCGUACGGGCCCGUGGCCGGCCCUUCGAGUUCGAAGAUGACAUCAAAAUACUCAUCAACGACUGGCCCUAUGGAAUUGACCGUCGCAUUGUCCACUUGGUUGUCUGGACCAAGUUCUUCCUUGAGGAGGAUGCCGUUACGGGAGAUCUCGUCGACGAGUCUCGGAAGGAGAUUGAUGACUUCGUGACAAAGACGUUUAGAUCCCAUGUACCCGAUGAUCAGAUUAUCUGGUUCAAGAACUGGCGUGGCCUAAAGUCGGUUGGUGCCGUGGAACAUUUCCAUGUCAUGAUGUUCAACCCUGAUCCCGACUUCAUCCGCUCUGUCACCAACGGUGACGUUCCACAGUGGCAGGUGUUUGAGAAUUAG